AAAGUUAUUUACCUCAAAAUCCUCUGCCAAAAAUCUGAUGCUGCUUUUGCUCAAAUACAGCGCUCGAAGAUUCUUCUGUCCACCAGAACUGAAGGGCAAGAAAUUCAAAGUGUACUUAGGCCACUCGAGCCACUUUAAUCUGUUAGGGAAACAUAUUGGCUCGCCACAAUGGUAUAAAUUUCUGGUUAUAAACAAUCGAAGCCUUUUCAUGUUUCCAAAGACUCCUGAGCUCAAGCACACCUCCUCUGGUGCACUCAGAUCCAGUUUUAUGCAUUGUAUCUUGCUUGUUCCCUGAAUAACAUACGCCCAAGUAAGAAACCUGUCUAAAUUUCGCGUAGAACACGAAUAAUAAUAAUAAAAAGAUAAAAUUCACGUAGAACUUCAAGCGGCGGCUCAAAAGCUCCUCCAGAAGAUGAGUCAGCCGAGUCAGGAGCGAGGUAGGAGAGGGCGAGGAAAGGGAAGACAAGAGGAAGCCCAGGUUUUCACACUGGAUGAGUGGGAAAAGAGGAAGGCAGCUGUAAAGCCUGAAGCCCAGGUUUUCACACUGGAGGAGUGGGAAAAGAGGAAGGCAGCUGUAAAGCCUUCAAUGAAGGGAGUCAGGAGCGAGGUAGGAGAGGGCGAGGAAAGGGAAGACAAGAGGAAGCCCAGGUUUUCACACUGGAUGAGUGGGAAAAGAGGAAGGCAGCUGUAAAGCCUGAAGCCCAGGUUUUCACACUGGAGGAGUGGGAAAAGAGGAAGGCAGCUGUAAAGCCUGAAGCCCAGGUUUUCACUUCCUGAUAGAAGCGCCGAUGAGGAUCUCGUGUGGCGGCUUCAAAACCAAUUUGAUUUGGAAGAUGCCCAUUAUGUGCAGGGAAGCCCUGACGAGACAGAAGCAGAGAGAAUCAGGAGGAGCAUGUUCAGUUAUGAAAAGGAGAAUGACAAUGCCCAGGGGCUCGGUGGCGGUCGUAGAGGCAGGGGAAGAGAAGAGGAAGAUUCUGAUGACAUAGGCCCCCCUCUUGCACUUUCAUUUUUGUUUUGUAAAGUCGUGCUGUUUGGUAUUCCGUGACACUUGGACUUGUUUUCUGAUCAAAUUUUUAUCCUAAACUAUGAUUGAACAUGAUCCUUGCCUUUUUUUGUAAGCGACUUGUGCCAGCUGAUGGUUAUCCGAUUGCCUAUCAGAGAAGUCAGAAAAGAGGAAGAAUUUUGUCAGGAAAAAUAUGCCAAUCGUUCUCCUACUCUUCCUCCUCAUGUAAUAAUAGUUGAUCGCUGCUUCCGUUUCUUUUGGCUAAUCGGCUGAGAUUGAGUAGACAUAAGGGUAAUGACCCGUCCAGACUAGCUGUACGGUAUGAAAUUGCUGUACGGUAGAUUCUUCAGCAAAACUAAUAUAUUAGAUGGUAAUAGUUUUCUUUCUUUUUUUUUGGACAAAAAAAUGAACACAGUAAUUAAUGAACAUUUAUGCCGACCAAUUUCCUUUCCCAUUUUUUUCUAUUAAGUCAUGCAUCUCCACCUUACCCAGUUCAAAAUUUAUGAGAGACUUAUCCACGAGAACUCGCAUUCCACUUUCUACAUGGAGACGACAGCAACUGAGUAUGGUCGGUCUUGACUUCCUUGAUGGCAUAAUAGUUAGAUGAACUGCACAGCUUUGUAAAACACUCCGAGAAACUUCAAAGAACUCUUCGAAUUGAUUGCAUUCAUACGGUACCAGCUUUAGGCCAAGACAGCUAUGUGGAAUAUAAAGCAGCCAUAGAUGGGCCAACUUCGAAGCAGGGAAACUUUCCGCGAGAGAGCAGAAGCCCACAUAUCGCUUCCCCUUCAGAAAACAGAGGGGGAGAGAGAGAGAGAGAGAGAGAGAGAGAGAGAGAGAGAGAGAGAGAGGGAGAAGGAUGGAAGAGAAAAGGAAAUGAAGAAGGGGAAAACGAAGAACAGAGCAUAUUGAGAGACGAGAAAGGGUCGGAAGAGGGAGACGAGAGUAGGAGAGCGCCUGAAGGAUAUGGGUUAAGCUUAGGUAGGUAAGUUGAUUUCGCUUCCUUUAGUUUAUUUUAUUUAUUUGAUUGAAUUCUUCCCUGUGUGAAGCUGGAAUAACGGUUCAGCUGAAUUAUGGAAUGAAGUGAGAGGAAGGAUAGGAAUUGUCGAACCUUGCGAGGAAUUAGCUCAGUGUGAAGAUACCGAAAAGACACUAACUGUGAAGCUUAGCUCUGGGGAGAAAUCUUGAUUAAUAGCUGAAUAGAAAAUUAUUCCGGGUCUACCUAAACUGAACAAUUUGAUUGAUGGACCUACCAGAUCAGAAAAUUUCAGAAAUUUCACGUGAGAAAUUUCCAAAAUCUCAGGGCGGGCCAUGACUACAAUUAUGCUGGCAAUCGAUACGGGCAACUUCUUCUUGGCGGCCUCAUCUACCGAAAAGGGACAUCCUCUUCCUCCUCAAGACUGAACUCCAACGACGGCUGCCUUUUUGUCUUGUGAACCUCUUUAGCUGCAGUGAUCUGCGCCUGUGGGUCUCCGAAAAUGAAAAGGAGAGAGAGAGAGAGAUCUGCCUUUUCUCCGGAGCUUUGUCGAAGUGCUAAGCCUCGCGCGGAACCACCUCCGGAGCAAAACGCUCCCGUCUUAGAUGAUGUUAUCCCAUCUGAGAAAGAACAGCCCGCGGUUGACUGCCGACUUAGAUAUGACGUCGUCCUCAACACCUUCAUAGAUGAGUCUGGCCUCGAGGGAGGUGAUUGGAUCGCGCCCUCACUACUGGAAGCCAUAGAGAGAUCGAUGAUCACAAAUGUAGUCCUUUUGUCUAUGAGGGCUGGUUCGGCGUAUGCCGGGAAACCACCUCCGGAGCAAAGCGCUCCCGUCUUAGAUGAUAAUGUCUCAUCUGAGGAAGAGCAGCCCGCGGCCGAGUCAACCAGCAGGCGCGGAGCCUUUGAUCGCAUUCCCUUUCCACGUUGUAUGCGUCACCCGAAACCACCUCCAGAGCAAAGACGGGAGAGAGAAGAGCUUGCGUACUUGAUGUCAUUGGCUCUGAUGAAGGAUGGUAUGUCAAUGUCUAAGAUGCGGGCAGAACCACCUCCGGAGCAAAGCGCUCCCGUCUUAGAUGAUGAUGUUGCCCCAUCUGAGAAAGAACAGCCCGCGGCUGCCUUUGAUCACAUUGCCUCCGAGACUCCUCCCCCCACCAGAACCGACCGCCGAUUUGACGUCUUCUUGAGCUUCAGAGGAGAGGACACCCGCAGCAGCUUCACCAACCACCUCAAUGACGCCCUGCACCGAGCAGGAGUCCGCAACACCUUCAUAGAUGAGUCUGGCCUCGAGGGAGGUGAUGAGAUCGCGCCCUCACUACUGGAAGCCAUAGAGAGAUCGAUGAUCACAAUUGUAGUCCUUUCGCCGAACUAUGCAUCCUCGAGCUGGUGCUUGGAUGAGCUUAUCAAGAUCCUCGAGUGCAGGGAAUCAUUAGGACAGACAGUACUGCCGGUUUUUUACAAAGUGGACCCAUCUGAUGUCCGUAGGCAGUCAGGGAAGUAUGGAGAGGCGUUGGCCGUUCACGAGCACAAGUCAGGGCGAGAGAAGGUGAAGCGUUGGACGGAAGCUCUCACCAAGGUUGCCUCCCUCUCGGGCUACCACUUGCUCGCCAAUCAACGCGAGACUGAUUUCAUUCAGACCAUAGUCAAAAGGGUGAUGCGGGAGCUAAAUCGCAAGCCUCUUCAUGUCCCUGACAACUUGAUCGGGAUGGAACAUCAUAAUAGAGUUCUCUAUUCCCUACUGGACAUUGAGUCAGAUGAUGUUCGAAUGCUAGGAAUAUGCGGAAUGGGGGGAAUAGGGAAGACUACUAUUACAAAAGCCAUUUGCAAUGCUAUUUCUGAUCGUUUCGAACAAAACAUCUUUCUAGCAAAGGUUCGUGAAUGUGACCUGCUUCAACUUCAAGAGAAGCUUCUUUCCCAGAUGAUGGCAGAUGUUGACUUGAAGCUCGGGAAUGUUGAUCGAGGUAUCAACCUGAUAAAGAAUAGCCUUUGCAAUAGAAAAACUCUCAUCAUGAUUGACGACGUGAACCGCUUGGAUCAAUUGGAAACACUAGCAGGAGGACGUGAUUGGUUUGGUCACGGGAGCAGGGUCAUCAUAACCACAAGAGACGAGCAUUUGUUAGUCGCUCACGGAGUGGAUGAAAUAUACAGAGUUCAACCAUUGGUUGAUCACGAUGCUCGUCAGCUUUUCUCUUUAACUGCCUUUGGAACUAUCACUCCAGAAGCAAAAUAUGAGCAGCUCUCAUAUAAGGUAGUAGAUUACACGAAAGGACUCCCCUUAGCUAUUAAAGUUUUGGGUUCCUUUCUCCGCGGUCGAAGCUUGUCUGAAUGGAGAUGUGCAUUAGAAAAGUUGAAAAGAGUUCCCAAUGGGGAAAUCUUUAGCGUGCUAAAGAUAAGUUUCGAUAGCUUGGAUGAUUACGAGAGGGCCAUUUUUCUUGAUAUCGCUUGUUUCUUUGAGGGAGAGCAUGUUGACCACGUCAAAGAGAUAUUGCAGUGCUGCAAACUCUACCCCGAAAUUGGGCUGCAAGUUCUUGCGGAGAAGUCUCUUGUAACUUUCGAAGAUAAUAAGGUGAAGAUGCAUGGCAUGAUAGAAGACAUGGGUAAGGAAAUUGUUAGACAAGAGGCGCCCCAAGAGCCGGGUGAGAGGAGCAGGCUUUGGUUCCAUGAGGACGUCCUUCAUGUACUAACCGAAGACACGGGAACUAACAAGAUCGAAGGCAUAAAGCUAGAUUUGGUUGCACCUGAAGAGGUUAACUUCAGUUCCGGAGUGUUCACAAACAUGAAAAGACUCAGACUUUUCAUAGCCCAUAAUGCAUAUCAUUCGGGUGAUUCGAUAUGUUUCCCCCGUGGAUUAAGGUGGCUCGAGUGGCCUGAAUACAGUUCAUCAUCCCUGCCACUAAAUUCCGGUUGGAAGGAGCUAGUGGCUCUGUACAUGCCCAAAAGUGGCAUCAACAUUCUGGGAGAAGAAUUCCGGCUUUUCCGGAAUCUGAGGUUCAUCAACUUCAAUGGCUGUAAACUGUUAACCAGUAUCCCAGACUUAUCUUCGAUGCAUAGUCUUGAGCAUUUGGAUCUUGGAGAGUGCAAGAGUUUACAAGAGGUUCAUCAGUCUCUGGGUCAUCUCCCUAAGGUUUCCCAUCUGAAUUUUCUGAACUGCUGUAGUCUCCGGGAGUUCCCGAGCAGCCUCAAGUCAAAGUUCCUUCAAAGCCUGAUUCUCAAAGGCUGUUCGAAACUUUCGAAAUUUCCCGAUAUUCUGGAGGAGGUCGGGGGCGUAAAAGAACUUUCUCUGGACGAGACUGCGAUUGAUGAACUGCCUCCUUCUUUGGGGAAUCUUAUUGGUCUGCAGGAACUGUACCUAAGGAAUUGCAAGAGACUCAAGAACAUCCCCAGCAGCAUUUAUAAGUUGAAACAACUUGAACGUGUUGUUUUUUGUGGUUGCUCGGAACUAGAAAAGUUUCCCGGAUAUCAAGAGGAAGGUAUUGAUUCCUCAGUUAUCUCCAGGGUGUCGGCAUUUCCGAAUUUGAUUUUCUUGGAUUUCCAAAGCUGCAGCUUAUCAGAGGUUAAUUUCCUGGAGGAUCUGCAUUGCCAGUCCACAUUGAUCUAUUUAAACCUAUCCGGAAACAAAUUCACCAGCCUCCCUGCCGGCAUGAGCAAAUUCACUAAGUUACAACAGCUUAGCUUGACGAGUUGUAAGGACCUUCAAGAAAUCAUAGAGCUUCCAAAGAACAUAACUCAUUUAUUUGCUGAAGGCUGUGAAUCUCUAUGCAUUUUCCCGUCAUUGUCCAGCAUUUUAGAAUUUCAUCCUGAUGUGUCCCCUUAGCUUCGUCGUAUGGACUUCUCGGGCUGUCACAAACUACUUCGGAAUCCUCACAGGACGCAGAUGCUUUCAAUUGAGGGACUGCUUGGCAACACUCGGGUGGACAUUUUGCAUCCUGGAAGUGAAGUCCCAAACUGGUUUCAACAUCGUAGCACGGAAAAGGUAGUUAGCUUCAUGGAACCAGUAGAUUCUUACCUGAACAUAGCGGGGUUGGCCUUCUAUGCUGUUGUAGGAGGACCUCUGGAAUCCCAACGGCAAGCAUGUGUUUCGUGUGAGGUCCAAGUUUUUGUGAACAAGCAGAGAGCCUAUGGUGUCAUGGAGCAAUUCCCUUUGCUGGCGUCAGACAACAUGUGGCUGCAUUACGUUCCUCAGCGUAAAAUGUGGGGAUUGGAUAAAUCUGCACAGAAUGAAUUUGGCCGAUUUGUGGUGUUAUUUGCUGCUUCUGCAGGUGCAGUGAAAUGCAGCGGAGUCCAUGUGGUGUACCACCGAGAGAAAUAAUCCAUAGAUGGAGAAUGAACAACAGCAUUGUUCCUUGAGACCUAAAUGGGCCUUCUGAGUGUACUAACGAUUUGGACCGACAGACCAGAGAAAGAAUUCUUAAUAUGUGAUAUGCACAUUCUCUCUUGUAAACAACCUUGAUCAAAAGUUGGCUGAUUGCUGCAAUUAAUAGGAGAGCCUGCAAGUUAGCUUGCAAGGUAUUGUUUUCACGAUUAGUACCUCACUCA